AGUUAGCCCAACGCAGGUGGCGUACAUCCUGGUUAUUUGACAACAUACACCGUCUUUUCUUACAGAAAACAAACAUGUAAUAUAUAUUCAAAUAGCGAGGAUUGUGAGCGUUACGGAGCGUGCUUGUCGGUGUCCGGUGUCUCGGUAGACUAUUUACCGGAGGUAUAAGGUCGGACGACGAAGGAAAGAAAAGGCUAAUUUGCAGAUGGACAUAUUAUUGUGCGUUUUCGUUGUGCCGUCGUAUUGCUAUUUUGCUUUGUCGAUAUGGACAUGUAGCUAAUGUGGAGUUAUCUGUAACAUACCGAAUAUUGACUUUUUCUACGUUUAAUAGUGCUUUUGGUGUUUCUAAAGGGAACUGAGGCAGCUCAACCAGCAGGCCUUAUUGUGUGUUUCUUUUUUACUUUGAAAUAUCAAAGGGUUUAGUUUGAUAACAAGUCAGUAACAAAAAAAAAAAAAAGAGUUCACACAAGAUGAGUUUCUUUAGUUUUGGACAAAGUGCAGAGAUUGACGUGGUCCUGAAUGAUGCCGAAACGAGGAAAAAGGCUGAACACAAGACUGAAGAUGGAAAGAAAGAUAAAUACUUUCUUUUCUACGAUGGCGAGACUGUCAGUGGGAAGGUGAACGUCACGCUGAAGAACCCGGGGAAGAGGCUCGAACACCAGGGGAUCAAAAUUGAAUUUGUUGGCCAAAUAGAGCUGUAUUACGACAGAGGAAACCAUCAUGAGUUUGUUUCCCUGGUGAAAGAUCUUGCAAGACCGGGUGAAAUAACUCAGUCACAGACGUUCGACUUUGAGUUCACUCAUGUUGAAAAACCCUACGAGUCGUACACAGGCCAGAACGUCAAGCUAAGAUAUUUUCUUCGGGCCACGGUGAUCAGACGACUAAAUGACAUCAGUAAAGAGAUGGACAUUGUGGUCCACACAUUGAGCACUUACCCUGAACUCAACUCCUCCAUUAAAAUGGAAGUUGGAAUCGAGGAUUGUCUCCACAUUGAGUUUGAGUACAACAAAUCCAAGUAUCAUUUGAAAGAUGUCAUUGUGGGAAAAAUCUAUUUUCUGCUUGUGAGGAUUAAAAUUAAACACAUGGAGAUUGACAUCAUUAAACGUGAGACGACGGGCACCGGCCCAAGUGUAUACCACGAAAACGACACGAUCGCCAAGUACGAGAUCAUGGACGGAGCUCCGGUCAGGGGAGAGUCCAUUCCCAUCCGGUUAUUUCUGGCUGGUUAUGAUCUGACUCCCACGAUGCGAGACAUCAACAAGAAGUUCUCUGUGCGCUACUACCUGAACCUGGUUCUGAUCGACGAGGAGGAGAGACGCUACUUCAAACAGCAGGAAAUCACACUGUGGAGGAAAGGGGACGUGGUGAGGAAGAGCAUGUCCCAUCAGGCAGCCAUCGCCUCUCAGAGGUUCGAGGGCUCGGCUGCUUCAGAGAGUGCACUGGAGCAGGCGGCGAAGGAGGAGAGCGGGUAGAGAGCUGCAGCCCGCCAGUCUCCUCUCACAAGACCGACCGGCGUCUGCGUCAGGAGGUACCCGUCACCCGUACAACAUCUGGUGAUGCAGCUGUUUUUAUUAUGUAUCUGCUGCUGGGGAAGGGAGGAAGAAGGGAGACCGACAUACAGUAACACAUACAGUAUGUGAACAAUGCAACAGUUUGCAUGAGGCAUUCAAGGUGGCUUCAGGCUGCUGGUCUUGUACUUCCUCAUUAAUGCAAUUUUUCUUUUCUUUGUGGGAAUCAAACUAAUCAUUUACAAUGUCCACUGUGUUAAACCCUUCCAUGUGUGAUAUUCUUGAACGUUUAAGCAUUCUGUUGGUUACUUUAAAUUAACGCUUUUCUGAGGAUAAAUUCAUUUCUGAUCUCUUUAUUAAUGCAACUCUACAGUCAUGAAAUUUCAGAAAUGUAUCUCCAACAUUCCACCUUUUAAUGAAUGCAUUCCUAACAUUGUUGUAAGGUCAAGAAAUGUGAGAUAACUUUGCACUGCUUUAUCAUGCUGAACACAUUUUCUCUUUGUUUGUGUGUGCACAAAAAAAAUAAUUGAAACAGAAACUUCCCUUUUUAAGGGCUAAAGUAUUAUCGCACACUUUUUUUUUUGUUUUGAUCUGUAAAUAAGACCAGCUAAAACAUUUUAUCCUGUUCCAGCUUGUGUACAUUGAUUAUACAGUACACGGUGCCACAAGAUGACCUUACAUGUUCAUACGCUUUGCCUCGGCAUUCCAGUGGUGUUAGGGAAGGGUGUUUGUAUUAAGGUCUGAUAGUAUGAAGUCCACUGUAUCCUCUUUAUUAGAGACUUUAAAAGUUGUGCCUAAGUGUAUCAAGCAUAUGAAAUCCUCCUGCCUCUUUAACAUGAUUUUAGUCUUUUAACCAGAGAAAGAGUUACAGUAGAACUAUCUUUUGCUAAAUGCUAAUUAAUUAUUCCUUGUCCCUGAAAGUCAAAUAAAUUGAUGCCAAA